UAAAUACUAGGCGAUUGUGAGGGAAAAAGAAACUUUUAGCUUAAGGUUAAGUGAAGUGUUCCAGAACUGUGCAGUUAGCAUUCCAUCGUAUUGUGCUGGUAGUAUUCAAUAAUACUAAUGUAUCUAUGUAUCUAGCAAUGUGAACUAUUCAUAUUUUGAACUGUAUCAUUAGAUCAAUUUAUAGCAAGCUAUAAGUAGCCUAAUUAUUUGUAUAAGAUGCAUAUCUAAACAUUUUAUUCUGGAAUCUUAUAAAAAACCAUAAUGAUAAAGUUUCAUUCUUCGUUUACAAGUGCUUUCGUGUAAUGCAAUAACCGUUGAUCUGGAAACAUCUUAAAUUUUAAUGAUCUAAAAUUAUCGAUCUGUCAUAUUUUUAAAAAGACUUGAGAUUCAAAGGCAUCUUGACUUUGUUUGACUUGCAUGGUGAUUACUUUUCUUCUCCUCUUUGUUUGAUGACCGCACUUUGACAUCGCGUCUAUUUUUAGAACGAUAAAAAAAAUCCAAAAACAAAACAAAACAGAAACAAACUUGGAAGCGUCGAGAGUUUGGUGAUUCGUGAUGUUUUGGUGUUAAAGGAAUUUUUUUUUUUUUUGGGAAGGACGUCUUCGAAUCUAAAAAUACAUCUGUGGUUAAGAGGGGCCAGAAUCUGGACUGUGCAACAAGGGAGAUAAGAGCUAAAAGAAGGCUGAACAGUUUGCAGACAUAGGGCUAAAAUUGUGUUCUUGUGGUUAGACUAGAAAAUGGACUAGACAUUUUUUUUUGUAUCGGAUACGAAGUUAUUACAGUUCGUUGAUUGGUUGGUUCCAUUGCUUAGUUCUCAGAUCUGACCAAAAUGACCUGGUUCCGGGCUUUCCGCAACGAGUAUGGCUUCAUGCUGUACAAGGACAACACAUCGGCAGUCUCGUUCGACAUGCCAUUGAUGGUGGUCACGUAUUUCUGCGCUCUCAUCUCCAUAGCAACGCUCGUGGCAACGCUUGGUAUCCGCGGACAUCAGAAAUGGUCUGCGUUAUUGAGAGCUGUGUAUUCACUGGGGAUCGGCUCAAUAAUAUUAGCUUGUAUAUAUGGUCACUCGUGGCAAGUGGGUGAAGUGGACAUUAAGAUGCCCUACGUCUACAGAAACAACAUACCUUUCGAAGGUCAAGUGGGCAUCAACGUAGCCCUGGAUGGUGCCAACGUCACACUAAGUGGAUACUACGGAGCGGCUAAAAACAGUCCAGUUUACUACGCUGAGAGCAUGCCCUGGGCAGAUUACGGAGAAGAGUUUCGGAGGUUUAAUUACUUCCUGUCACGUGGUCUGCCAGCUCCGAUUCUGAAAGUGAUGGAGUAUCUGACUGUAGACUCUGGAGGUCUACGAUGGGGAAGGUCAUUUCAUACUGCAGGACAGUUUUCAUUGGCCUUGUUAUGGACAGCCUUUGCUUUCUGGAUGGUGGCCAACAUUCUUCUUUUCAAUGUGAUCGUCUACGGGGCAUACAUGUGUUUCCUGACUGGCCUCUCCAUGAUCCUGGCCUGUGUGGCCUACAACAGCUGCCAGAACGUCAUUCCUUUGGCCAUACCUUUCGAUAACACCCAGCUGACCUUGACGUAUGGUUGGUGCUUUUGGUUGACCCUGGCAGCAGGUAUCGCCACACUUCUUGUUGGAUCGAUUCUCUUUUUACUAGACUAUUUCACCCCAGAAAAUAUUUCUGACUUUUUCCACCUUGAAAAGAUUGUGGACGAAGAGCAUUUUGAGUUUGAGGAUCGAAGAGGAACAAACCCUAGCCUCAAUCCUAACUUGUUGAUGGAUCGCAGGGGCUCCGUUGUUCCCCCUCAGCCCACAGACAGACGUGGCAGCAUCUUCCUGGAUCCUUGCAGACAGACCAAUCAUUUUGAAACACGUAUGAAGAGUCAUAGUCUUGGGGACAUCACUGGUCAGGGCCGCAGCAAGGAUGACCUUUUUAUGUCCAAGAAAAAUCCACUCUUCAUAAACGGUGAUUUCAAGAUGUUGAAACAGAAACUGCAGCAGAGCGAUGGUGAUAAUGUAAGUCUCAACAUGGAGUGUCUCUGCGAAGACAGCGAAGUGUGUCUCAGCACCAAGAAACCUUCCUUGGCGACGCUCAAAGAACACAGGGAGAAUCAUGCUAAUGAGAUGCUGUCCCUUUCUGGAAACUCCCAAAGAAGCAACAUAAGCUCUACAGACCAGGCUUCUGUUCAUGAGGUCAGCAAGACCCCUAGAGUGUCCUUCUCACACCCGGAGAUACUGCCAAACUUUUCCAGGCGUGCCUCAGAGGGAGACAUACUCAAAUGCUCCCACAUCUGGGAUCUCCAAGAGUCCACCACCAUAUCUGGCCUUGAAGCUGCUGAGGAUCUGGAGAAGAAGCUGUACAGAGACGAUGACACCACAUCACAAAAAAGCAGCUCUCUGUCAAGACAGAGCUCCACCGCUAGCUCCAGCAGCGACGACCCGUCCUCCAAUCAAAGCGCGCUGUCAACUGACUGCAUCUUAAAUGACAUUAAGAUUGAUAAAAUAAAAGGCAAGAACAUAACAACCGUAGAUGUCACAAUUGACAUAGAGCAACACAGAUGAUUUUAGUGUGUACAUUUUCAGCACUAUUUCUUCAUGCUGACGAAACUCAAUCAUCUUACGUGUUUCAAGAUAAUGGACAUUAUCAAGGAAUUGAACUGAUAUCAUAAUUCAUUGAUCCUUAAACAAUCUGGAUCGAAAUGCCGCAUUUAAACGUAGAUUGUGUUUUGCAGAAUGGAACUGCAGCCUUUGAUGUCUCCAAUGUUAACUUUUUAAUAAAUCUGUUCUCAUGGUCUUCAUUAUGUUUACAAUCCAACAAAGAUAGAUUGUAAGAUGAUAUCUUCUGAUAGGGGGACACUUGUAGCUACGAAACUUAAUUUCAUUGCAACACAAUUCUAGGUGUGGGUCAGCAUAGACGCUGGUAUAUGGUCGGUCGUUUGUGAACAAAUAUUAAAUCUAACUUUCAUUUCAAUAUAUAAAGAUUUAACUUGAGACGACAAAUAGAUCUACCAGUAAUGAAAUGAUAUUUAACCAAAAUCCAACUCUCUACAAAGACACGUCUUUACUAUCCGACGUCACAGAGUCCAGCUAACACCCACCGGACCAUUAACAUAAAUUAUGACAUACUAGCUCAUGGUUACAUUAUUCUCCACCACCAACAACGAAUUCUCUCCCUUUUCUCGUCCUAGCGACAGAGACAUACGUACACACUCCGUUAUUUCCACCUCACCCUCCCUUGCUUCAAAUAGUCACAAUAAGACAUGUUAAAUGUGAUUGUGGUCUCUAGAAGUUCAAUACUCGUCGACUGACUGUAGUAUUCCCAAUAGAGAAUAUAUACAUUAAACGUUACCCCCCCCUCUUUUAUCCCCCC